AUGGCUCUCAUCAACCCCAUGUACGCCAUCAUCGUCCCCUUCCUCUUCUUGUUCACCGUCCCGCUCGCCAUCUUCGCCGGAAUUACGACGACACUCGCCUUCACCGUGCUUAUCUUCCGAGUCAUUCUCGUCUAUUUCGAUCUUGCGCUAUCUCUACUACCAUCGUACAUCACUGGACGCCCUCGGUACCUGUCCUACGCGUCGAAGACCCCGUCACCCGCCAGUUCUUCUCCCUCAUUAACGCCAACCCGACGCUCGGCUUCACGUCGUACCCGCCGGCCGUCCUCGGCAUCGGCGCACUCCGUCGGUACGAUAACGCCCAUCUCGGAGUCCGGCGGGAUCGGUCUCUUCCCCUCCGUUGGUAUUGACCGGGACUACGAGGGUCUCGGUGGAUGGCGUCUAGGAAACGGCAACGACGAUGAAUUGUGGACGACAAUCAACUCGCGUCUUGAGCUUCCUGACCGUCAGUAUCAAAGGCACCACCACCGCAGUCCCAGCGGCGGACCCACAACGCCCGGCGGUGGCGACGGCUAUCUCAUGAUGAAGGGAGGCCGCAACAGGAGUCCGGAGAGCAAUCGGGGAGGCUAUGCCAUGACCUCCCCAAACAGCUCUCGGGCAAGGACACCAACAAACGCAUCCCACAUUGCGUUUACAGCGCUUGAUGGUGCCGACGGGGAUUAUUUCCCAAGCUUAUCAGCAAAGGCUGUGAGGAAAGUGGCGGUGGCAUAA